UACUAAAGGUUUUGUUUUGUAUAUUUAACAAUUAUUUGUUUUUUUAUUUAAAAAUAAAUUAAGGCUGUGUGUUUUAUAGAUUUCUUAGAAAUCAGAUUGGUAUUUUAAUCAGAUAAAAUAAAAAAUGGCUGGUCAAGGACACCAGUUUCCCGGUAAUUUUCAGGGCAAUGCCGGUGGCAUGAGAACCGGAUUCGGUGCAGGACCUAUGGGCGGCCAAAUGCAAGGAAUGCCUAAUCAACUAGCAGGUGUUAUGGGAGGGCCAAUGUCAAAUCCUGGAGGAAUGGUGGGCAUGGGCAAUCAAAUGGUACCACCAUAUGGAGCAGCCAUGCAGAACCAGAUGGGAACAAUGGGAAUGGGACCACAGGGCAUGGGAGUUGGUGUGGGAGGACCACCUGGUGGAGGACUUGGUCCUCAAACUGUACAGCAGCAAGUAGUUUCAGCUGGUAUGCAGGGAAGUGGGGCUGUAGCUGCGACGGCUCCGUCACCUGCACCACCGGCGGCGGCGCCUCCUCCCCAGCACAAGGAGUUUAAUACUGCAUCACUAUGCAAAUUUGGCCAGGAAACUGUACAAGAUAUUGUAAGCAGAACUCAAGAUGUAUUCCAGACUUUGAAAGCUAUUCAGCCACCAAAUGGUACGCAACAUGGUGAAAAUGCCAGCAAUGAUAAGAAGGCUAAGAUGCAGGAGCAACUUCGCACCAUCCGUCUUCUGUUUAAACGGCUUAGACUGAUCUACGAGAAGUGCAAUGAAACGUGCCAGGGUAUGGAAUAUACACAUAUGGAAAGUCUAAUUCCACUAAAGGAUGAGGCAGAAAACAAAACGUUGGACGAGAGGCGCAACACUGAAUCAUACAGACUUGCUUUGGAAGAGAACAGAGAGCUCACAGAACAGGUGGUGUUGAAAAAUAAGCAAUUAAAAGAAGUGAUAACCAAUCUAAGGACAAUUAUAUGGGAAAUCAAUGUUAUGUUGUCUAUGAGAAAGUCGUGAAUUGUUGAGCUUAGUUAUGGUAUUUGAAAACGAUUGUUUUAAAUAGUAGCAACUAUAAUAGUAUUAUUAAACAAUUAAUUAAUUGAUAAAAGGAUAGUUUCCACAGCGCCAUCUAGUGU